AUGUAUGGUGCACUUAAGAUUUUCGCCAUGGGGAAUGACGAAAACGGGCGAUUUGGGAUGUGGGAAUUACCCAAGAACACUCUUUGGGUCCAGGAAGAGCAUUCGUUAUUAGACGUGUUCCUCGCCCAAUCCUCCAUGCUGAUCCACGGGACAGGGGGGGAAGUCAGGAUUCUUCAUCUAGAGGGGAAAGAUCCCCAUGAGGCACCUCACGGAUGGGACCACAAACUCCGCAUCCCUCCUGAUUUUCUUGUGGAAGGUACUUCGGGAGUGGGGAUCCAGGACUCCCUUUUUCUCUUGGGAGGGAAGAGAAACCCCUGUUCAGGAAGCCGACUGGAUCUCCACAGUUACACCUGGGUGGAUCUCCCUCUGAUGACUCAGGGGAGAGAGGACGCAGCUUCAGUGAUGUUGGACGCCCACACCAUCCUCGCCUUGGGAGGUGUGAACCCCAAAAAUGGAAAAACCCUCUCCAGCUGCGUGCGUUUGGACGUGAGAACAAGGGAGUGGAUCCCCUUUCCGUCAGAAAUCCCCCUUCCCAUCAGCAGUCACGCAGUGACCCUUUACGAUGAUCAUGUAUACAUCUCGGGGGGAUUCAGAGAUGACGAAUCUCGUGGGGACGUGUGGAAGUGUGGGGUGAAUGGGGGAGGACCAUGGGAAAACUUCCUUUUUUACAAUUCGACAGACAUGAUCAUGGGAUGA